AUGGGUUACGUUGAUAUAAAAGAGUUUGGCUUUGACUAUAAAAGUCUAAUCAUAUUCGUCGAUGACAUUGGCAUCGGGGCGGAGAUCCUGGAGGAGUUGCUGAAGAGGCUGUCGGAGGACGGAGGUGUCAGUGGCAGGGAGAGAGGUGGAGAAGAAGAAGAAAAAUGGCUUCAGACUUCAAUGACAGAUGUAAAAGUUGGGUCCCAUCAUUCAUCAACCCUCGUGUCAUCACAAGACUCUUGUUCUCUGAAAGUAGAUCCAAGGCUCUCUAUUCCUUUUGAUUCAACUUCAUUUCGCUGUGUUCGUCUUUGGCCCGCUCACAAUUUUCUUCUCAGGUAUGGAAAGGAUUCAGCAGACACAAUAAACUUGGUGUUCUCAUUCCCAGCAGACAUAGGUGCAUAUGCAGCACUAGGGUUCUCGGAAGACGGCGGAAUGGUGGGUUCCGACGCCUUCGUGGCGUGGGUCGACGGGGGUAAUAUCCAGACCCAAGCGUACAGGUUGAGAGGGAAAACACCUGAACAGGUGAUCCCUUAUAAUGAUCAACCUAAUACAGAACCUAUUGAUCCUACAACUCAACCCACAGCAUAUGUGUACAAUGCAAGUCCAGUGACGGCAGCUCCGUAUCUGAUUUUGGCCAUUGGACCCAAACACUCCUUCCCUUCUGCUCCCAAUUACCUCCUCUCCAAACACCGUGAUUACAUUGUCCUCAAGAUCAAUUAUAAUACUGGUAAAGUGACCUUAAUAUCUUCGUCGAUGCUAAGAAAAAGCCAUGGAUGGCUGAACAUGAUAGGAUGGAGUCUUCUUAUGAUGAUAGGAGCCAUCGUUGCUAGAUACUGCAAGCAGUGGGACCCACAUUGGUUUUAUUUGCACACUUCCAUCCAAGCAUUUGCUUUCCUUGCUGGCGUGGUUGGAAUCAUAUGUGGCUUUGCCUUGACUCAGAGAAUCUACAUUACUCAUCACAAAAACAUAGGAAUUCUCAUUCUCGUCCUUGGAUGCCUCCAGGUUAUAGCUUUGGUAUUGCGACCACGAAAGGAAUCGAGUUUAAUCCGAAAAUAUUGGAAUUAUUAUCAUCACAAUGUUGGCAGGAUCUUAUUGAUCUUUGCAUUAGUUAACUCAUUUUAUGGACUUAGCUUGGGAAGAGAAGGAUCGAGUUGGUUUGCCGGUUAUGGAGCAACGAUUGGCUUCUUGGUUAUUGUCGCCAUUAUUUUGGAGAUCAGAAUGAGAAUCCUGUCUAAAAAGGAGGUCAAACUUGGUCAACGGAGGAACAACAACGACCUUGAAUUAGUGGGCGCAUAA